AUGGACGGAGAUCUCGUCGUUGCAGGACUUGAGACGUCACCAGAGGAGUCCGGGUCUGUCCCACAGAGACCCAGGGUGGAGGUACGCAAAUGCCGCCCGGCAAUACCUGCACCUGCUCCACCUAGGGGUAGUGUGGCGCCGCCGAUAGCGGGCAUCUUGGCGGCCCCCUCUUCGGAGACGAGCAGCGGUGCCAGCGCGAGAGAACGGGCCAUGGCUAACUGUUCCAAAUUGGAAUUAUUGGACAUAGUCCGGAAUAGCUUGGACAAUAUAACGUCCAUCGUCACCAGUCCGGAGUCCAAACUUAACAAGACGGACAUCAACGCAGUAGGUGGAUGCGUCAGGGAGGUGCUUGCGGUUGUGGCCGCCCUCAACAUCAGGUUGAGUGAUGCUGAGCACGACGUGGCGGAAGCCAACCUAAUGGCAGCAAAA